UGCACAUUUACGCACACUUAUGCAUGCGAUAUUCCAUUCCCAGUAGUUAAUCACUUACCAAUGUACAUCGUUCAUUUAUUUGCCUAAUAGUUAAGCUGUGUAGAGAUAUAGAUCGGCCCUGCCUGACAGCGAUUCGCCGCAAUAUCACCCAACGUACCCACUGGUGACCUUUCCGGAGUCUGCAGCAUCGCGGUUGCGUGGGCGCAGCGCUCGUUGCCGGCAGGCAGCGCAACCAAAAAGGUCACGCGUUUACUCUUACAAUCCAGUAUUUAAGCAGCGCAGGAUGUCUGCAGUAACGCGGAGUCUGACAAGGAAUCACGGCUGGUUGCUGCUGGCCUUCCUCCAGCUGUUGAUCGGCGUCCGCCUGGUAGCCGGCCUGCAGGGACCCGGGGAAGACGUGGCGGCCGGCGCGGCGGAGCAGCUGAUGAGUUCGUCCUUCCUGGCGCUGCCCGGCAUGAAGCCGACGGCGCCGGCCAGCAAGCCGCUGCUGCAGUACCUCACCGCCGCCGACGCCCAGGAGAAGCUGGUGCGCUUCGAGCGCAGCUGCGAGCUCAUGUGCUCCGUCUACCCGGAGAGCGCCAAGUGCCUGCGCUGCAAGAACCGGGCGCCGCUGCGCUACGGGAAGCGCGCGGUCCCCGUCGCGCCUCCGACAGUGCCGACAGGCGUCCGCGGCGGGAUGGCGCCGGAGGACGCCGACCAGCUGACCAUGCAGGACGUCCUGCAGGCCAACGCACCCUUCUUCCGGCCCUUCGCCGACAACCCGACCCGCGGCGGCGCUGCGCAGUGGCCCAACCGGCGGUGAGUUAGGAGGUCCAC